UAUGACUGAUCAGCGGAGACGCUUCGGCUUUUGUGAGCAGAAUGUGGAGCUGAGAGAGAAAGCGUCUCUACUUCUGUUUGUUUAUCGACGCAAAUACGUUGACUGUAAAACUCGCCUUUAAUUUUACGAACCGGGGCAUGUUGAUUCGGUUGUUUUCAUCCCGCUGCAGUAUUUUUUUAUUCCCGACAGGUUGAGCAAGCACGUGAGAAAAAAAAUGGACGAUGGAAGCAAACAACCACAGACAUUUGGGAACGGACAACAAAGACCUCAACACUCCAGACCUUUCUUUUAUGUCCAGCCACAGUCUCAACCAUACUACCUCUACCAGCAAUGGCAGAUGAACAACCCCUACAGUCAAUACGGUGCGCCUGGAGGUCUCAACUUUGGCCGUCCCUGCAUGCAGCCGUACCAGUACAUGCAGUAUCCUGGGUAUGUUAUCCCACAUGCCCCGAUAUAUCCGAUGGAUUACAGGCGGAUGUUUGAGCCCCGCUUCCACGCUCCUAACUGGAAUGAAAUGCCUCGCCAGCAGCAGUAUCAUCAGCAGUAUCAGCAUCAUCAUCAGCAGCAGCAGCAGCAGUACCAUCAUCAUCAUCAGCAGCAGCAGCAGCAGCAGCAGUAUCAAUACCAACCACAGCCACACGGGCGUCGGGAGACGGCCUGCUCGGAGGCUCAAACCGACCCCAGCGACGCCAUAACCAAACUCCUCGAAUGCCUGGAUAAAAUCCGAGCCACCGAGCUGCAAGGCGCCGAGAGAGAACUUGACUCGGGCGUCGCCUCGCAGUCCUCCGGGAUGUUUUCUCCGGUUGAAGAGAAGAAAAGCGAAGAGCGGGGUCACGUCCUGCCUCCGGCGCCCAACGACGGCGGCCACCCGCAGUCCCCAGCUGUGACUUUCAGCGACUCCAGGACAGCGGGUUACGACCGCGAAUCCAGCCGAAGGAGCUUUGAUGGCCUGAGCCCUCAAGGUUGCUGGUCGACGGUUCUGGAAGAGGAGGAGUUGCCUCUCGAUAGCUCUUCUGUUCACGAAGAGUGUCUCGAGCUGGAGCGGCUCCCCGAGGACGAACACUUCCCUCUCGAGGAAGCAGAGGUCGCGGAUAUCCAGUCAGAUAUCCCGGCGGACAAUGUGAGUGUUCCCAAAUGUGACGCUGAGGAGCUCCUGAAGCAGAGGGUGGAUCCAAUCUUGCCUUCUUCUUCUUCCUCUUCUUCUUCUUCCUCCUCUUCUUCUUCUUUCUCUUCUUUUACCUCCAAUCAGCCGGCGCUUAAAGAUACUAAAAGUGGCGACAAAGCUUCAAAGACUGCUCCGAGUUAUCAGAUCCUCAAGCUGCCUUUUGAGAGCGUUUUGGCACCAGUAAACGCCGGAGCCGGUCGCCUCUCCUCCCCAACUGCUCCCUACUACUACAACUACCUAUCCAUGCAGACCACUCACGAGCGGAUGAGUGUUCUCAGUCCGUCCCUGGACGAGCUGUCCUCCAGAGAUGAGAUGUUCUCCACCGAUCUGGACGACGCAGAUCUUUUCCCCAAGCACGUGUAUGCGGGCCGGAGGCUCUCAGAGGUCGUGAGCGGGACUCCACAAGCCGUGGAAGAAGUGUGGCUGCCCGGCUCAAAGAGGUUCAUGUGCGCCUGCUGCGGGAAAAGCCUCGCAAAAGGCACCGGAAGGAGCAAAGCCCACGGCUCAAAGAUGUACCGGGACGAUGCCGGUGACUCUGAGGAGGAGGGCAGGUACGGAAGAGGGUGUGAGCAGCCGGUCAGAGUGGUUGUGAGGAAGCAUUCUGCACCCAGGAAGCCCCACGCCGUCCCGCUGAGACAUGCGGCGAAACCGUGGUACAAAAGAGGCCAAUACAAAGAUCAAUCCGAUCCGGCGACCCAGGAGGAAAGUCGUGAGGUUUGUAAGCAGGAAGCAGCUGAUGGUGAGGCUGGAGAGACGACUGGUAGCGAGCUGCAGUGCGGAACAUGUACGGACAGACUCUGCAGAGAAGAUACGACCACGUCGGAACAAGGCAGGUGGGGAGACGGUGACGUGAUUCCUAGGAGGAGACAAGCAAACCUUCCGCAACGACAAGAGACGAGUACUCAGAGGAAAGUGAUGUACCACAGGUCGAGAGACGAGGAUGACGAUGAGCCGCCACCACUGCACUGGGAGAGAGGCUCUACGAUGAGAGAACCAAGAUGUUAAUACCCCCAAAAUGUGUUGAACUGUCCCCCCCAAAAGGUGUAAUUGUUCCAGGAUAAUGUGUUAUAAAUAUUUAGAGCACCAGGUGAAGUGCACAGCACAAGGAACCCUCUUUUUGUUAAGAUAAAGAAGAGAUAUGUAUAAAGUUUUCUGCAGUGACACUGCCUCGCACUAUUCAUACGAUUUAUGAAUUUCACACACGGGCAAAUGGGCUGAAAGGUUGCGUUGCAGAUGAUGGUGUGCCACCGUUUGGGGCCAGUCCAAUAAAAUUAUUCAUUAUUUAAA